AUGACAUCAGGGAAAGGUGGCGAGCAGGUUAAUACAACCAACAUUAACUCACAUACAACGAAUGAGCUAGAUGUCGAGAAUGCCGACAUCAAAUGCAAUGCCGAACUCGAGAAAAGAGUCAUGCGAAAGAUCGACUUUUGGCUUGUCGGCUUCUACUCAUUCGUAUACAUCUUCCGUGUCAUCGACUCGAACAAUUACGCCAACGCCGCAAUCAUCAACCUAGAAGCCGGAACAGGGAUCAAAAAGGAACUCAAUCUUGACCCUUCGCAGUGGGCCUGGACACAGUCCAUCUUCUCAUAUAGCUAUCUCAUCUUCGAGCCGACGAACACAAUCCUUCUUAAAGGAUUCAAGCCUUCGCGAUGGAUGUUCGUUCUAAUCUUGACCUGGGGGAUCUGCGCAUGCUCAGCCGGCACUGCGCAAAACUUCUCGGGGAUGAUGUGCGUGCGGUUCGCAAUCGGGGUUGCGGAAGCAGGCUUCUACCCGGCUGUGCUUUACCACAUGGCAUUCUGGUACAAGCCAUCGGAGAUGCCAUGGAGAAUAGCCCUUUUUUACUCUCUUGGUCAACUAUCCGGGGCACUGAGUGGACUUCUCGCGUACGCUAUUAGUUUCAUGGAUGGGGCUGGAGGGCUUUCGGGCUGGCGAUGGCUGUUUAUUUUAGAGGGUAUCCCCGCUAUACUGUUAUCCGCUGUGGCGCUGUUUGGUCUUCCAGACUACCCAGAGACUGCUCGCAUGUUAACAGAAGAGGAGCGGGAUCUUCUCAAGGAUCGACUUUUCUCUUCAGCGCCCUCUGGAAAGGAUAAAAGCUGGGACUGGAAAGCCGUUAAAGUGCUUUUCUCGAGCCCUACGGUUUAUACGUUUUCGCUUUACUGGAUCGGACAUGGAAUUGGCGGUUUCGGGAUUAAUUACGCUCUACCUACUGUGAUUUACGAUCUCGGAUUUACUUCAACUGCAUUGUCACAGUUGAUGAAUAUCCCUCCUUAUGUCGCAUGUUUUGUCUUCCUCAAUACCAUCGGGGUUUUGUUACACAAAGGUUGGAUCAGACCCUGGACUACUGCAGUCGCGAUCGAAAGCACAACAAUAAUCUGCUAUAUUAUCCUCAUUACGGUUUCAAAUUCGACCGUUAAAUAUCUGGCUUUGAUCGUAGCCACCUCCUGCGCCGGAUCUGCAUACCCUGUCAUCUGGCCUGAACGUAUUCGCGCACUCGAGGGUACGGUGGCCGCAGGCAUAGGUAUUGGUCUGACCAAUGCCAUGGCACAAUUUAGCGGAAUUGCUGGACCACAUAUCUACGAUACGGUAUUUGGGCCUACCUACAAAAUUUCCUAUGUCAUCUGCCUUUGCUUCCUCUGUGCUUCCAUAACUGGCAUCAUGCUUUCAUGGUGGCUUGUUUGGCGGAAGGAUCGUCAGAAUGGUCUACUGGCCAGGGAUGAGCGUGAAGAAGAAUAG